GCUUUGCGCAUGCGCUGUGCUAAAUUUUACUGUUUCGUACAAAUCUCUCAAUGUUAUUUAUUGAUAAAUUUUGCUCACCAGCCUCCUUACAGAUCUGUGAAAUCACUAUUGAAAAAUUUAAGGUUAAGGAAAAAUUGUGUCACCCUAAGAAAGAAGAUUUUUUGAUAGUUGACGGAGAAUGGAGUUUAUUCAAAAUAACGAACAGGAGGUAAAAAUUGAAGCUGGCGCGAUUACUAGUGAGACCGUUCCACCAGCUAUAACCUUGGAAAUAGUCAGUCCUGGUAUGUUGGCUAACCUAAAAAAUGGAGAUGGAUCAGUAGAGGCAAAAUUUAUUUGUAAAUUUUGUAAUAAGCCCCAAUCCUCAAGAUCUUACCUGGUUCAGCAUGAGAAUAAUCAUUUAGGAAUUAAGCCUUAUAAAUGUGAUGAAUGCAACUAUGUAACAUCUUUUAGAAAAACUUUAACAAGUCACAAAAAGAAUGCACAUAACAAAAACAAAGCAACUGCAGGUACGGGAGGUAUUGGAAAUGUUUGCAAACAAUGUGGUCAUAAAGCAUUAAGUCAAAAAGCUCUCGAAUUACAUGAAAAAAUGGAACAUGAAAAUGCUUGCUUUAAAUGCGCUACUUGUGGAUUCAUGACAAAGCAAAUAUCUGUUUACAAAAAUCAUAUUCAAACUCACAGAGAUAAAAGAAAAUACAGCUGUAUUCAAUGCAAUUACGAAACUAGUGACUCUCAGCAGUAUCAAGAACAUAUUACUGAAAACCAUUCACUAAAAUGUCCUCAUUGUAAUUUCCUUUUCUCACAUUCUCAAGAGUUAUCUGAUCAUGUUCAACACCAUGAAAAUGUGUUACAACACUUUUGUGUCUUAUGCUCCUUCUCAUCGAAUCUCGAAACAGAAUUAAUUGAACAUGCAAAAGUUAUGCAUAAAGAUUCCAAAUUAGCAUCUUCGGUUCAGACUAAAAUUUUUCCAUAUGAAACUGAUGUUCCUGCUGAUAAAUCACCUGAAAGUGGUCUAUUUGAUAAAAAUUCUAAAGUUUAUGAAUAUCGUCAAGAAGGAGGAAUACAAGAAAUGUCAAGGGAAGAUUUUAACGUACUUAAAGAACAAACCGAAAGCGAAGAGUUAAAAUCUAUGCAAACGAAAGACUGUGAAGAAAUAUCUAAUUCAUCAGAAGUAAAGCCUAUAGAUGAUACAAAAUCAGAGAAACAGAAAUAUAAGAAAAUCUACCUAGCAAAGCAUGAAGAAACGCAUACAGAUUCACUGUUAGCUUCAUCAAAUCCUCAAAACGAAAAUAAACGAAAUUUACGAGAAAGCGAAGAUGACAGGGAACUUCUAUGUGAUAAAUGUACUUAUAAAGCCACAACAAGUGGAGCUUUAUUAAACCAUAAAAGAAUAAAACACGAUGAUGUCUUGGACAUGGAGUCGGACGAAGAAGAAAUUGACGUUAGUGAUGAUGACCAAUUUGUACCUAAACCUAAAAAGAAAAAAGGAAAAGAACCAAAAAGGACAGCAUGGAUUUGUAUUGAUUUAGAAGACGUUUGGAGAACAUGGCCAAAUUAG